CAUACUGAAAGUAUACUUCCCUUGAAUCGCAUAAAAAAGGAAUAUACUUCCUUUUUACUUUUCUAUUUUGAAGUGUAAAUGAAGUAUACUUCUAGUGUACUUUUUCAGUGGGAAGUACAAAUGAGGCAUACUUGAAGUAUACUCAAAGUAUACUUUAGUGUACUAAUUUUCUGUAAGGGAGGACAUUUGAAAUCUUCAAACUCACCAUUUUCAGGAAGGUAGAAAAGCUCAUCACACUCCAUCCCGGUUACCAAGACUAAACAUAUUCAACUAUGCAUGACCCCACACGGUUUCACACGUGUUCAACAUAGUGUUGCGCUAAGUUCAAAUCAGCUCGAAUUUGAAGCGAUUUCGCUCGGAAACCCAGAUGAUAAGCCAGUUGAUUGACUGCUUGCUUGAAUAUAAAUCAAAGAUGGAGUAUAGAAGCCUUGCCUUGGACAAACAAAUCCAGUAUCAAGAGCUGCGAGUGGAGAUGACAAAAAUUUAUGCGGACGAUGAUGCAUCUCUGUUUGGUCCUGUAGCAAGCAUAGUACUGCCGGAUAAUUUUGACAUCCUUUCAAAGGAAGAGAAAAACAAAGCCAAAAAUCGUGUAAAAGAGUCAAAAGAUUUGAUAACCAAAGGUCAGAAGAGAGUAAUGGAAAAAGUGAAAGAAAACAGACAGAAUUUCUCAAAAGCUGUAGUUUGUGGUAGUAGGAGUGGCAGUGGGAAAAUUGUUUAUAAAUUCUAUGAUAAACUGAUCACACUGUCGAGUGGUUCAGCUGGCACAGAACCCCUUUCCUAUGGUGUGGGAGGAGUUGAUCUUGUGGAAGACAAUGACGCCACUGGAGGUCCCUUUGGAAGAAGAGAAAGUUAAUAGCUUGGAUUUGGAAAAUGCAGGUUUGUCAGCAAUUUCAAGUGAGCUUGGUACUAGUGGUAGUAAUGAAAAUGACAAUGUGGCUCAUACUAGGAAACAGAAAGUUAGCUGUGUGCCUAGGCUAAUCAAAAGCAAAAGGAAGCACGUAGAAAAGUAGCUGUCUGCAGCCCAUAGGGACCAGUUACUUAUUAAAGAAGCUAAGGAAGAUGCCCUAUUUCGGAAGGAACUGCCUGAGGCAAUGCGGGAAUCCACAGAAAUUUUUUCCUGAAGUAUUGAAGGUGUCAGUAAGGCUAUGACUGAUCUUGGUACUGGAGUUUGUAGAUCAAUUAAGAUGCUUUCACAAGCAUUGCAACCUACAGUACGGGCACCUGUAAAUAAUUUAAUCUAUCAAAACCCAGUACAAGUUACACCUCAGGAAGCCGAAUGUGUGUAUACCCAGUUCUAUAGCCCACAAAGCCAGCCAGAACCAAGUGGAAACUUUUA